AUGAUAUCCAGGACCCUGAGGCUGGCCCUGCUGGCUUUAGCCUGCACUGUGGACCUGAGCAAGGCCAAUGGCUUCACAGAAAAUGGCCUCUCACUGCUGAGCUAUCAGCUGUGCAGCUACCCGGUGACCCGAAGUGUCCAGAGGCUGCAGGCGGUGCAGACCUCCCACACGGCCUACGUGCACUGUGGCGGAUGGAUCCCCUGGAAAAAGUGCCCCAAGACCGUGUACCGGACCCAGUACCUGGCGAUGGAUGUCCCUGAGUCCAGGAAUGUGACUGACUGCUGUGCGGGCUUUGAGCAGCUUGGUCUCUACUGUGUUCUGCCCCUGAACCGAUCCGGGGAGUUUGCAUCAAGACCGGGAGUCUGUCCAACAGCUUGGCCAGAGCCGUUUAGUCCAUCAUGCACCUUGGACACAGACUGCUCUGGACUUCAGAAAUGCUGUUCCUGGCCAGGGGGCCGCCACUGUGUGUCCCCUACACCCACAGGUGCAGAGAGGAACACGGUAAGCUGGUACAACGUGACUGUGCUGGUGAAGAUGGGCUUUGAGGACCUGCAGCGAGAGGACCCUGGGCUCCGGAACCACACCCGCCUGCUCUAUUCGUUGGUCACCAGUGCCUUGCAGCCUCUGAACCCAGCUGUACACUACCUGACCUCGACUGGAGGCAGGGACACAUUCACCACGGUGUCAUGGCUGCUACUGGGCUUUCCUCGGCUCAUGACAGUAGCCAACGUCUCCGCCAUGUUGGAUGACAUGGUGAAUCGCGUCUAUGAGGUGAUCAGCAUCCAGGUGCAAGACGUGAACGAGUGUCUUCACAGUGAGCUCCAAGCCUGCUCUGGAGGAGAGCAGUGCCGGAACCUGGAGGGCUCCUACCAAUGUGUGCCUUCCCAGCAGCUGAACACCUUGCCUUCCCAGCAGCAGAACCACGUAGAUGAAGAUUGCCCUCCAAUCCGAGACUUCGUGGCACUUAAUGUCACCAGCAGCAGUUUCCACAUAUCCUGGAGUUUGAAUUCCACUCAGAACCACACUUUCUACAUUCAAGUGUACAAAGGCAGAGAAAUAAUCAAAAGCACUUGGACAAGGGGCCGGGCUCUGGCUGUGUCUGAGUUGGAGGCUGGAGUACUUUACAGAGUGAAGACCAGCUACGAGGGGUGCCAAGCCAAUGUCUCUGCCACACUGGUUGUCAAGACAGAUGCCCGGGUUUUCCAAGUCACGAUACGGAUCAUGAACCGGAACCUGACUGAGCAGAUUCUCAACUGCAGCAGCAAGGAAUUCUGGAACUUUUCUAGACAGCUGUUUAAUGAGGUGGAAAACUCCUUCCCCCAAGCCAUUUCGGACAUGUACAGACAAGGGAAGCUGAGGAUGCAGAUUGUGUCUCUGAAGGCAGGGAGUCUGGUGGUGACGCUUAGACUCACCCUGCAAGAUCCAGGCUUUCCAGUGGGUGUCGGCACACUGAAGCCCAUGCUGCAGCGUCUAACUGAGAGCUCCGAGUUCCAGGUUGACCAGCAAGGGACAUUCGUGCAAGACUGGGACGAGUGUGCACACAGCUCGGAGCACGACUGUCACCCGAGCGCACGCUGCACCAACCUGGAAGGCUCCUACACGUGCCAGUGUCUCACAGCCAGGGAUGUCAACCCUUCCAGGGCUGGCAGGGUCUGCGAGGGUGACAUGGUGACCCCCACAGAAGGUGGACUGUCUGUAACAACGAAGGUCACAGCCCCAGCUGUCAGUACGGGAAUAACAACCUUUGGCUCAGAGACCCUUACCGUGUCACCAAGUUCCAAGCACCUGAGGAGCACCCCAGAAGGAGGCCAAGCCUGGACCCCAGCGCCCCUAUCUGGGAGAGAUGGGGGUAGCACAGUCAGGCAGGAUAGGAAUAGCACAGGACAAGGUAUGGAGGUGCCCAAUGUGACCCCGAAGCCAGGCAUAAACCAUGGGAAGUAACAGUGGGUGACAAGCUCUGUUUCCUGGGCUCCAGGACGAACCCAUGGAUCCCCUCAGGGGACCACGGAUGCCCUGCUGCACACCACUGGAGAGUCACAGGAAUACAUCACCAAAGGUCCACCCUCCCCGGCUGCUAGAGCCACGGGCUAUGUUGUGUGGCACCCGAGUCCCACUUGGGAGACACCUCUGAACACCACAAGACUGCAGAAUGAAGACCCUUCAUCUCCCUCUUUCCCAGGCCCGCCAUCGGCCCCAACGGCUGUGGCUCAAGAGCCCCCUGUCUGUGUUCCUAGGCCCAUCGGAAAGGUCACAGUCUCUAACGUAAGCAGUACCGGCUUCUCCCUCGAGUGGCCAGCAGACAUCCGCCUCUCCCCUGCCUUCUACCUCACGUUGGUCUCCCCUCGGGGCCCCGCCUCGACUAUGGAGACCCGGAACAAUAACAUGACAUGGUCAGGACUGGAACCCGGAACCUUGUACCUGGUGGAGAUUGUGGCUAAGGUGUGUGAGAAAGAAGGAGCCAGAACACAGCUGAAAGUGCGGACAGUGGCUCAGAAACUGGCUGGCAAAGUCCAAAUCACGAGCAUGCAGUAUUCAGAAUCCUUCCGCAAUGCCAGCAGCCCGGAGCAUCGAGAGUUCGUACAGUUCUUCCUCAGAACGGUGCGGGACUCUCUGCCAUCCACGCUGCGGGAGCAAAUGGAUGCGGGCAAGAUCCGCGUGGACGUCAUCGGCAUCACAAAUGGCAGCAUCGUGGUGGAGUUUAAUUUGCUAAUGACAGCAGACCUGGAUGUCAGGGAGGUGUCUGCCGGCUUCCUCACUGCCCUACAGAACACGUCGAUGCUGGAGGUGGUUAGAGGCGAAACCUUUAUACAAGAUUACGAUGAGUGUGACAUGAGGGAGGAUGACUGUGCCCCUGGGACGUGCAGGAACACCUUCGGGUCUUUUACAUGUAGCUGUGAUGGGGGAGGACCUGACUCACAGGUGGAAUAUUCUGGAAGAUCCUGUGAUGGUAACUCUUCUGGCAACACAGCCCAUACCCCAGCCUCAGAGUGGACCUCUAUCCCAACAGGAACUAGGGGUACCCCUGUGCCAGAUGCCAGCUCCGUACCCCAGGACCUGCCCCUGCGGCUGAACCUGACGGAUGCCGUUAGUGUGUCCUGUGAGAUCGAGACGGUGAUCAUCGCCAUCCAGAAGGGCUUUCUGCAGCAGGAGGCCAUACCCGUGGCCUCCCUGUACCUGGGAGAGCCUUCCUGCAACGUGAGCAGAAGCAACAGCACACAUGUGUUCCUGGUGGCUGGCUGGGGCGAGUGUGGCACCCUCAUACAGAGCAACGUGACCACCACAGUGGUGAAGACCACGCUGAGGAACGACCUGUCCCCAGAGGGUGUCAUCCACCACUUGCAGAUCCUCAGUCCCAUCCACUGUGCCUUCCAGAAUGACCUUCUGACCUCCUCAGGCUACACCCCACACUGGGGGGUCUACACCGUCAUCGAAGACCUCCACGGUACUGGAAAUUUUGUCACUGAAAUGCAGUUGUUCAUUGGUGAUUCUCCCAUACCUCAGAACUAUAGCGUGUCUGCCAGCGACGAGAUCAAGAUUGAGGUGGGGCUUCAUAGGCAGAAGAGCAGUCUGAAGGUCGUGCUGACUGAGUGCUGGGCCACCCCCUCCAGCAAUGCCAAGGACCCCAUCACCUUCAACUUCAUUAACAACAGCUGCCCUGUCCCCAAAACCUACACCAGUGUGAUUCAGAAUGGCAACUCCAGCAAGGCCCAGUUCAAGCUGAGAAUCUUCUCCUUCAUCAACAACUCCAUUGUCUACCUGCACUGCAAGCUAAGAGUGUGCAUGGAAAAUCCCAGGAACUCAUGCAGGAUAAGCUGCAACGACUUCCGGUUGCUGAGGAGUAGUGAACCCUUGCACCAGAUGACCUGGGGGCCCCUCUAUCGGUCUGAAGGUGCACAGGCGUGCACAAAGCCAGUCCUGGGGACGGGUUACAUCAUUCUCCUGGCGGCAGCUGCACUUGCGGUGGUGGCAGGGGCCGCAACCCUUCUGAUCUUGCGGUACCAGAGAGUAAGGCAGAAAUACAACCUUCGGAUCCAGACUGAGGACUUCAGCUAUCAGGUGUUCUCUCAGUAGGAGACCCAGCUGACCGGAAGAUGGAGCACCCCGUGAAUAAGGUCCAGUGGCUAGUUCAUCGAACACUGACCGGAGUCCAACUCUGGACGGUGUUGCGUCGGCACUUGGGGAUGAGACCCUACGAUGACAGCCAACCUCCAUCUGCCCCCAAGAGCCCGAAGACCCAGAGUACCACCCCCCAGGCUGGUGACAGGCCUGCUGAAGAUGAGGGCAGAGCCCGGGAGUGGCCUUCAUCCUCAAACCCAGCACAGACACAGCCCCAAUUACCACAGCCUUCUGAGCUUUGACGUCCUCGCCGCUUGUGUGGCCCCUGUUCUCCGACAAUGACAUCCUCGCAGACAUUUUCCAGUGCCCCCAAUGCUCGUUCACAAAUGGAUCCAUCGGCUAAACUCCCCGAGUGCUGUUUUCCACAGGCAAACGCACUAACUUGGCUCUCCUUAUCAGCACGUGACUUUCGCUUGCGCGACGGUGACUCAAGACAGCCUAGGCGAAUUCGGGAGGCUUCCUAAUGAGUCAUAGUCAUAUGACAUGUAUGUAACACUCUUGCAUGUUUCCCAGCACAUCCAUGGACAUUUUUUCAUGUAACCCCAUCAAGAAGAAGGUGGGAUUUUCCCACUCCACACAGGAAGCAGGGAAGGAGAAGGGGUUGUGGGGUACGUACCAUGCUGACAGGUCCUCUACUGUUGGUUUGAAAGACCCGAAUGGGUUACACAGUUACCACCUGAGGUAGUAGUGUCCUCCUUAGUGAAUAUAGGAUCAUAACAGGGUUGUAGCUUUUAAUUAAUAUGAUUGCUUAUGUUGUGUGACUGUAAUUUACACAGAUCAUUUGGGGAAAUAAGUCCAUUUGUUGCAUAUUCUUGGGGGCAAGAAUGGCCACUGGGGGUCUGCGUGGCUAGCCGACUUUGAGCAAUAAAUUUUUCCUG